AUGGCAGAAGAGCAUCACAAUCACCACCACUUACCUCCAGAACCACCGUCCCCAGCCAUGUCCGGCGAGAAACACGGCCACCACCCCACCAAACACGUGUCACCACCAGGACGCUCCACCUACGCGUACAGCCCGCGGCGCAGCCACGUGGCGAGCCUCGUCACCGUCCUCCUCCUCCUCGUCGGCCUCACCUUCCUCAUCCUCUGGCUCCUCUACCGCCCCCACGACCCCGUCUUCGCCGUCGCCGCCGCCGCCGUCUACUCCCUCAACUUCACCGCCCCGCCGUACCUCGCCGCCGCCUUCCAGUUCACCGUCGUCGCCCGCAACCCCAACCGCCGCGUCUCGAUCCUCUACGACGGCCUCACCGCCUACGUCGCGUACCGCGGCCAGGCCGUCACGGCGCCCCUGCCGCUCCCGCCGCUCCACCAGGCGGCGAAGACCACGGUGGCGAUGUCGCCGGUGAUCGGCGCCGGCGGCCGGGUGCCGGUGAGUGCGGAGGUCGCCGACGGGCUGGCGGCGGACGAGGCGUACGGCGUCGUGCCGGUGAGCGUGGUGGUGGCCGGGCGGCUCCGCUGGAAGGCCGGCGCGGUGACGACGGGGCGGCACCGGGUUUACGUCAGGUGUGACGUUUGGGUCGGGUUGAAGCGCGGGGUGUCGGGUCAGGUGCCUCUGCUCGGAUCCCCCGGCUGCAGAGUUGAUGUGUGA